CCGGCCCCGCGGCCCCGGCCCGGGGAGACGCGGUGGCUGUGGCGAUGUGCUGCGCCCUUCUCCCGCCCGCCCAGCCAUGGCCGGUCCUGUCCCACGCCCGCGCCACACCCCCUCCCCUCCGGCGCUCCCUGCCCGGCUUGGCCCCGCUGCCCCGGCUCCCGCUCCCCGGCCCGGCUCUUGCGUCCCUUCCCUCGCCCUCCCCGCCCCUCGGCGUGGCUCCCCCCGCAUUAUGUCCAUCUUUUUGUCUUCCUGUUGUUUUAGAUCCCACCAAAGCUCGGCCUGCCCUCCCCACGCUGCUGGACAGCCCGGCUGGUCGAUAAAGGAUGAAGACUGUCUGUACCAUUUUGAUUACCUCUUCUAGGGUUCAAAGAGAAUCAUUUCCCCUGACCUCCAUUUGCUAAUGGCUCAGCUUGAUCUAACUGGCACACAGAUAAACGUGCUGUUAAACAAAAGUUACAGUAGCAGGAACCACCUCAGUGCCCCAAGCUCCUCUGCCCGUGUUGGUGGCUCUCUGUGACCAGCCAGAAGCCGAGUGACGCAGUCCUGAGUGCUGCUCCCGAGGAGUUUGGGUGUGAAUGGACAGUGCUGCCACCCCGAGAGAUGAGACAAAGGACCCUGCACCCCGACAGCUCAGCGAGCUCCAAAGAUGAGAGUCCUGCACACCGAGCUCUGUGCUCUGUCUCCAGAGUGAUCUUCGUUCCUGUUAAGCUCACCUCACUGCUGGUCACGAGUUUUGCUUUUGGGAUUUAGACCACCUCUUUUUCCCCCCCGUGUUACACAAAGACUGUUAAUAGGACUGUUAGUGGAAUGAGCAAAGCCAAUACUCGCAGGGUUUAAGUGUGUACCGAUAGCACCUUUUGCCCAGAAUGCCUUACCGGUGCCGCCCAGCACGCGUGUCCCAGUGUACGACUUGGCCUGACGGUUCCGCUGGCUUAGGCAGCACCUCAGCCUCCCGAGCUGACUUUUAGGGACAUUUCCGCACGUAGCAUCUCAUCCAACGAGUCAGACACCACCUGGCUGCCAGGUCCGGGAGCUCUCUCCGUGACCACGAGUGCGCCCCGCGGGCCGAUGCCGUCCAGCUGAGCUGCGGAAGCGCCUGCGGGAUGGCGCAGGGAGGGGAGGCAGGCGCUCCUCCCGUGCGCCUCUGGGUGCGGCGCGUGGGGGUUUACUGCGAUGAGCACCGCAAAACAUGGCUCGUGGCUGCGGAAGAGGCAAGUGUGUGCUUUGAGCUUCCCCGUGGUUGUAGCAUUGCUGUUUCAGGUGCCUCUGCCAGUAACUGCCUGCUCUGUUUGUUACUUUCCCCCAGGAGGAAGGUAUGCUGAGGGCUCGGAUCCAAAGAGUUCAGGUUCCCCUGGGUGAGGCGCUGCGACCCAGCCAGCUCCCCCCAUCCCGGCUGCCUCACAUGUGGCAGCUGUCCCAGGGUGAGCAGUACAGGGAUAGUAACUCUCGCGUUUGGGAGAUAGAGCACCAUCUCAUGGUAAGGAUGGUGGCGACAAUAGAACAUAGUCAUUCCUGUUUGUGAAGUCAUUUGAGAUCCUUGAGGGACGGCAAAGGACUGUUACUUUGUUGAAGUCCAUUAGCUCAACCACAGUAACUGUAGACGUAUUGAACUUUUCCUUGUCACUUACAGCUUGAUGGUGUUGAAGAACUGCUGCUUAAACUCGUGCCUGGGGAUUAAUCUGGAGCAGUGGCUCUAGGAAGAUGCCAUUGUCUGUUUUGUACAAUAAAAGGUUCUCUCUCCACUGAAAUGCAGCCACCUUUGAGGUGGAAGCAGUUAACACACAGCAGCAUCACACAAGAGUUUAGGACAGGCAGUGAAGAGGAGUAUUGUGACCAAGUGAAACAUCAGGGGGAGUUCUAGUUCCUGAACAUGUCCCGGAAGGAUCCCUGCCAGAAACAAGCCUGUGAAAUACAGAAAUGCUUGCAAGCGAACAACUACGUGGAGUCCAAGUGUGAAGCUGCGCUGCAGGAGAUGCGGAAAUGCUGCGCUCGGUACACCAAGGGCAGGUCCAUCUGUUGUUCAGGGUUUGAGAGAGAAGAAAGGGAGAGAGAAAAGGCUAAGCUGACUUCAAAAGGAAUUUCCCCACCACCUCAGUAACACAAUGCAGCUCCGGCAGGCGCUGGAGCAUGGACUCACUUGAAGAGCUCGUGUGUGUUUUUUCAAGCCUUCUUUAGACUUUCAGAAAAGCCAGAUUGCUCCUGGAACACACCGUUCAGCACACCAAAAAGCAUUACACAGUACCAACGUAUGGCCUGGUUAACAAACUUUAUUUUCUGUACGAAAACACAAUCUAUGUUGCCUCUGCAUCACACCUGUGAAAUGUCAACUUGAUGUUUUUAGGAUGCUUACCUUACUCUAAUCCAUCCUUGCUCUAAAAAUGGAGAAUUGGAACCGAGUUGUUCUGGCUUCUGGAGUGAGAGGUACAGGAAAUGAGCUCAGAAGAGUGAGUUUAAACAUGAAACAAACCCAUCUUGAUACAACAAAGGUAUUGCUGCCACCAUGCAGUAGUUCCAGACAACAUUUGCCUGUCCAGUGGUUCAAGCUCAAGAAUGGGCAUCAGGUCUGAUGAUUGUUCCUAAGUCUUGUAUAGAUCAUGAGUGACUACAAGUCACUUUGCCUAAGUGCCUCACUUUUCCACUGGACAGAGUUGUUUAUUUUAUAUUUGAAUUGCCUACACGCUGCUAUUUGCAUGAUAAAGAUGUUACAGGAAUAUAAUUUCAGGGAUUGCUACAGGGAUAGGAUAUUUUUUUAAAAAAGCAAUAUUCAUUUGAAAGAUUUGACUGUUGAUACAAAAUUUAUAAAUUUAUGUCUAAUUGAACACCUUUAAGCAAUAUGCUUUGAAUCCAAGUCUAGUUAAAACUGCUGAUACCCAAAGGCCUGUCACAGAGCCCUGGGCUAGAUCCAAGAACUGACUUAGGUGCUGCUUACUGAACAAGCAGUUGUAGGCAGUUAUUUUCCACACAACAUUCCAGACUCAUUCCCAAGCCGGCUGUGUCUGGACCCCAGGACAGAUGGCUUUCCAGAAGCUCUCGGCCACGCAGCAGAAUUUCCUGUGACCUGUAGGAAGAGCUCAUAGACAGGUUCCUGCACCACCCCUCAGAGCUGCCUGUCUGCUGUCCCCUCUAGCAGGAGUCCAGGCACCCAAAUAUCAGGCUCCCAACCCACUAGCCCUAACUCUGUAUUAGAUCUAGCCGUAAAGGACUUUUGUGCUGUGAUGAAGUACAACUUACUUAUGAAAUAGAGCUUCUAUAAACCACUGAGGUCUAGGCACAAUAGUUGUGUGUACUGAAGCCUAGAAGAGCAAACCAUCUGUAUUCACUGCUCUGAAAUACCAUGGUACAAAAUAAACGACUGGAACAAA